CUGACUUCUAAUGGGCGGCUCCCAAGCGCCAGAGAAGUUAAUUGAGGUCACCCUGGUCCGGUAACAAGCUGCUGAGUCCAUGAUGGUUUGUGAUCCGGAGAGCCUGCUGUGAGUCGCGCCCCAGCACGGCCUCGCCGGCGAUGGUCGCCGUUUGUCGCCUCCUCGGUGGAGCUUGAUAGCGGCCCGAAGCUUCUCCUGCCAAACAUGCGCGGCCUGCACGGUUUUCUGCCCGUCUUUGUCCUGUCCCUCCUCGUAGCCCCGCUCUGCGGGAUCAUGGCCGGUGGAUCCAAAAUGUCCCCCCGAGGCGCGCACCACCGGCCUCUCACCAACGAGCAGAAGGCCGACCAGAGCCUGCAGUUCAUGCUGAGUUUGUACCGUAGCGCGGCCAGACCGGACGGCAGACCUAAACAACACCGGAAGUUCGGUUCCAACACCGUGCGACUGAUCAGACCUUCCACGUCUUCGGUGCACUACCUGCUGGCGUCCACAGACCACCACUACACCUUCACAGUUCAGUACCACCUCGACACCCUUUCUUCGGAGCAGCUGAUCAGAGCGUCCUUCGUCCACCUGCGCUCUUGGUCUUCCCCUUCUUCGUCCGCCGAGUCUCCAAGCUCAGCUCGGGCGGGGGUCGCACCUCGAUGCAGAGCUCAGAUCACUUCACUGGGCAAGGAGAGCCUGGUCACCAUGGAGCCUCACCAGCAGUGGACAGAGACAGACAUCACUGCUCACAUCCUCCGAGGCGAGGAAAGUGGUGGCGGACACUUGAGCCUCGCGGCGCAGUACUGGUGCACAGAGCAUGGGGACACGGACGAGAACCGUGGUCUAUCCUGGUGGUGGACUCGCUUCCUCGGGGUGGGGAAAUGGCGAAGCGAGCCCCACGUGGAAGCCCCUUCGUUGCUUUUGUACCUGGAAGAGGAGCGUGACAGGAAAGACUGGAUGGGGCAGUUGUUCGGUGACAAACGAGGAGAACUCAUGAGACGAUUAGGCCGGUGGCACCCCUAUGUCCGCCACCGCCGCUCCUCAGAAAGCAAAGACCCCUCCCUGGAUCUUCUCACCACAUCCACCGCCGCUUCGAUCAUCUCCGACAUCCCAAACUACAAACGCAAAACGAGCACAACCAAGAACCGCUGCAAGCUGCACUCCUUCCGCUUGUCCUUUGACGAGCUGGGCUGGGGACAUUACAUCGCGCCACCCGUUUAUAACCCCCGCUUCUGCCAGGGCGACUGCCCCCGCGUGCUCCCCUACGGCUACCACUCGCCCAACCACGCCAUCAUCCAAAUGAUCAUUAAUGAGCUCGGGGUGGGCGAUGUGCCGCCGCCCUCCUGCGUGCCUUACAAGUACAUGCCCAUGAGCGUGUUAGUGGUGCACAAGAAGAAGGUGGAGUAUAAGGAGCUGGAGGACAUGGUGGCUGAGUCAUGCACGUGCCGCUAGAUCGGAAGUUGUGCCCUUUCAGAGUUAAAGCACUUUAAAUCGAGGCCCUUGAUGGUCUUUGGACUACUGAGUUGCGUCGCCAUCACUUUGCAUUUGGAACAUUUCAACUGAAUAAAUAUUUGUAGCGUGCUAAAAAACCUCAUCCAAUGCAACCAUCCUCAUCUCUCUUGUGCCGUGUUCUUUUCUUCAGCCGUGUUUUUAACAAUCUUUUGCAUCAUGUUCAGGCUGAAGAACUAGAAGUGUGUUUGUGUUUUGAUACUAAAACACACUUCUUGGCCACACAUGCAGAGGGAUGACACUUUCAUACAUGAUUUUAAUGUGUCGGAUGUAUUAAACACACACACACAGCCCAUGUGAUGUGUUGUAGUUUUCCCUUUCACUUUCUAAGUACAGUAUUUAUAUAGCAAAAGGCAGGGGUGUUCAAAAAAAGUGUUCAUGUAUUGUGAAAAGAAUGCAAUUUUUUAUUACGAGUGAAAAUGAAUAAUAAAAUAAAUUUGCAUGUUUUCUA